UAACCGAUGAUCGGAAUUAUUUUGUUGAAGGAUUGGUUAAAGAAAAAAUCGUAACGUGCCUCCGUGGUCUUCACGGUGUGGAUGAAAGUUAAAUUCAAAAUUAGAGCCAUUUAAACAGAAGAAGUCACAGUUCGGGCGCCGAAGAAAUGGCAUCACGGAGCUAUGGCGCCUGUGUCCUCUGCCAGAAGGCGACUGUCGUGAAGAUGAUGUGCAGGGGAAUGAGUGCAGCUGCACACCCACAGUCCCAGGUAGAUUUCCUAAAGGGAGAAGUACACAGGAAGCACCCAGGUGUGACCAACCUGAAAACUCUGCGCCUUCCUGAGGAACUGCAGACGGCUGCACGGUCGAUUAUUCACAGAGCUCAGGUGACCCGGCUGACUGACCGCACUCAUAGCCUCACAAACUUCCUGUGGAGCAGAAAACGAGCAGUCGACGAUUUCACUCUGAGGCAGAAAGCUGUGAGCCUGGAGAAACAACUUUGGGAGAAAGCGAUGGAGAAGAGAGGAGAUAUAGAUGAACAAGCGCUGGAAGACCGCAUCAGGAAGAAAGUGUUUUCAGAGCUCCGAAGAACCACAUAUCACUGGACUCCCAUGAAGUAUGAUGAAGAGUUAGGUGUGGUGUACAUGGCGGCUCGGCUGGCUGGGGGCUACGCAGCAGUGAGGAGAGCUAUAAAUGAGAUAAAGAAGAGGGAUCCCUCUUUUGCCCCACAGUCUCUCCUCGAUUUUGGUUCAGGGCUGGGAACUGUUGCCUGGGCGUCACACUCGUGCUGGGGCGACACUUUGAAGGAGAUGGUCUGUGUGGACAGCUCCGGGCCGAUGAACAUUCUGGCAGAGCGACUUCUCAAAGGUGAUGACGAAAGAGCUGAACCUCACAUCAAACAAGUCUAUUUCAGACAGUUCCUCCCGGUCUCUCCAAAGGUGCAGUUCGAUUUGGUGGUCGCCGCCUUCACCCUGUCAGAGCUUCCAAAUGGGAAGGAGCGAGAAGAGGCAGUGCUCACUCUGUGGAGAAAGACAAGCUCGUACCUGGUGCUGGUGGAAAAUGGGACCAAAGAGGGCCAUCAGAUGCUUAUGGAGGCCAGAGACACUUUACUGAAUAAACAAGAGAAGACAGUCCAUGACACCAGACCAGCGUCGGUGUUUGCUCCGUGUCCUCAUGAACUGAUGUGUCCUAAACUGGCCGUUGAGCCCACCACACCCUGCAACUUCCAGCAGCUGUACCAACCUCUGCCUCUGCCCGGGCACAAUGACCGGCAGACGGAGAAGUUCAGCUACUUGAUUCUGACUCGGACAGAACCAGCGGAGACAGAAACAGAAGGCGUGGACUGGGCCAGGCUGAUCGCACCGGUGCAGCGCAGAACAAGACACGUCCACUGCCGAAUGUGCUGCCCUGAUGGAAAACUACAACACCUGGUGGUAACAGCACGAAAACACAGCAGAGAUGUGUACCGCUGUGCUCGGAGCAGCGACUGGGGAGAUCAACUGCCCAUCAUUCAGAAAGAGUGAUUCAGAAUGAUGAUUCAGCGAGGAAGACGCGCAUUCUUUAGACUUUUAUAACAAUGGAAACGCACUAAAACCAAGAUAAGACUGCUGUCCAAGGACUCAGAUUUUAGUUUCUUUGUGUUUCCUUACUGGAAUUGUUAAAAUACUGACUCAUUUGACAACCUCUGAUUACUUCAAUAAAAAGUCAUAACCAA